CGCCCCCUUUAUGAAUAUCUGCAUAAUAUUGAUUUGAUAAUAUCCGAAAGGAAAGAGGGCAAACAAUACACCCACCAUGGCCGACGAAGAAACUCUCACGACGAGCCACUGCCUGCCAUUCAUGUCCCUUACAGAACCUAUUGAAGUCAGCGAAUUAAGAUCGGAUGGCUUCACCGACGCCUCUGCAUUUUUCCAAUGGCCGUUUCCUAGCCCGCUCUUGUUUGUCAAUGAGAGCAGCGAUGCAAGAGACCACUGCGCCAACGAAAGAACCUUCCUUUCGUAUCUUCGCCUGUCUAUAUACAUGGCCAUUGUGUCCGUCGCCAUCACCGUCUCGUUCCACAUCAAGGGCACGCCUAGCGACCUCGAGCGCCGGGUAGCGAAGCCGCUCGGCGGAAUCUUUUGGAUUUUAUCUGUAGUGACUCUAGUCCUAGGCGUGGGGAACUAUAUAAGAACUGUCAACAUGUAUGGCAAACGAGCUGCCAUUGUGCAAUCUGGUUGGAAGACACAAGUAAUUUUGGGCUUCAUUGCCUUUUCUAUUAUCGGGACGUGCAUCAUACUUCUUGUUAUAGACAAAGUGCGUCAAAAAUGACACGGACAACAUUGCGAAAUGGUUCUUUCUUUUGCUGAAUCUUUUUUUUUUUUAUGCCCUUGGGAACACAAAGCUCAAUACAAAGCUCUUGAUAAGUUGUGCAAAUAUUAGCCCAUUGAUUCAAAACAACAUGAAAUAUAAAUUACACAUAUAUGACAACAACUCCGCCAUGAUAACAUCAAAUAACUCCAAAUGCCCGUACAAAUUCGCCUUGCGCCAUACCCCAAUCCAAAGUUUAUCUACCAUUGGUAAAACAGAACAAAUCUCUAGCAUACGGCUCGGCUGCCGGAAGAAGCCCCGCGCUCUCAUCCUUACAUCCUCCGAUCUGUGCACGGAAGGCUUGCGUAUAUUUUGCUGCAGUCCUCGCAAUGGCGCCGUCAUCCGUGUCUUUGCCAUCCCAGGUCAGCCACGGCAAGUGGUAAAGGAGUGGCAUGUCGCCAUCAUGCGGAAGCGUAGCUAGCAUAUCUACAUGUGAUGCAGGGUCAAAUCUGCCCAAGGCGAGCUUGACAGAAUCUUGUUCCUGCUCAGCAGUUUUCUCUUCGUCGUAUUCUUCCGGUACAUCAUGAAGAUCUGUGUGGACGCCGACUAUGGUAUUGGCGGUCUGACGGGUAGGGUAGAGGGUGAAGUAUCCUCGAAGCCGCGAGAGCUGCAGAAUGUAUUCCAGCCAAGCG